GCGGGCGCUGUCCAUGGCCCUGCGGAGCUCCGGGCGGCCCCGGGCUCCGCCGCGCCGCCGAGCGAGCGAGCGAUGGGCAACACGGUGCACAAGACGCUGGCAGACACGAGCCACCAGGCGCGCUCAGUGUCCAGCCGUCCGUACUACAGCCUGCCCAACAGCAGCAGCCAUGAGCGGCGCUCGGUGCUGGCGCUGGCGGAGCCGCCGCGCUUCCACUCGCAGGCCAAGGGCAAGAACGUGCGGCUGGACGCGCACUCGCGCCGCGCCACGCGCAGGAACAGCUUCUGCAACGGCGUCACCUUCACCAACCGGCCCAUCCACCUCUACGAGAAGGUGCGCCUCAAGCUGGUGGCCGUGCACCACGGCUGGAGCGGGGCGCUGCGCUUCGGCUUCACCAUCCACGACCCCUCGCAGAUGAGCUCCGAGGAGAUACCAAAGUACGCCUGCCCCGACCUCGUCACCCGGCCCGGCUACUGGGCCAAGGCUCUGCCCGAGAGGUUUGCGGUCAGGGACAAUAUCUUGGCCUUCUGGGUGGACCGGCACGGCAGAGUCUUCUACAGUAUUAACGACGAGGAGCCCAUCUUGUUUCACUGUGGUAUUAAAGUUUCCGGGCCUCUUUGGGCGCUCAUAGACGUCUAUGGAAUUACCCACGAAGUGCAAAUUCUAGACAGCAUGUUUGCAGAGACCAUGACCACCGCCCGGCUCAGCACCGCCCGGCUCAGCACCUGCCUUCCCCAGAGCAACCACGACUCGGCCAACUUCAACAACAACGAGCUCGAGAACAACCAAGUGGUGGCCAAAAUUGCAAACCUGAACCUAAGCCGGGUGCCAGGGCUUGGGACUGACAACCACAUCAUCCCCUGCUGCCCCGGCCGGCGGCAGCACGCGCAGGGAGUCCCGGCCUUCCUGGACACCGACCUGCGCUUCCACCCCACCCGCGGCCCCGACAUCACCUUCUCUCAGGACAGGAUGGUGGCCUGCACCAACUGGCAGGAGAGCAAUAGGACUUUGGUGUUUUCUGACCGGCCUUUGCACAUCGGGGAGAGCCUCUUUGUGGAAGUUGGACACCUGGGGCUGCCCUACUAUGGGGCCCUCUCGUUCGGCAUCACCUCGUGUGAUCCGAGCACUUUGCGGACAAACGAGCUCCCGGCGGAUCCGGAUUUUCUCCUGGACCGUAAGGAGUACUGGGUGGUUUACAGGGCCUUCCCAGUGCUCAACAGUGGUGACAUCCUCAGCUUCAUGGUCCUGCCCAACGGAGAGGUGCACCACGGGGUCAACGGGGCCAGCCGGGGCAUGCUCAUGUGCGUGGACACCUCACAGUCCCUCUGGGUGUUUUUUACCAUCCACGGUGUGAUCAACCAGCUCAAAAUCCUGGGCACGGUGCAGUCCAGCCCAGGGACGGUGUCUCCCUCAGGAUCUCCUGGUGGCUCCCAGUACGACAGCGACUCAGACAUGGCCUUCAGCGUCAACAGGUCCUCAUCAGCCUCAGAGUCCUCGCUGGUGACUGCCCCCAGCUCCCCUUUGAGCCCCCCCAUCUCUCCUGUCUUCUCCCCUCCGGAGCCAUCGAGCAGCAAGAACGGGGAGUGCACCGUGUGCUUUGACAGCGAGGUGGACACCGUCAUCUACACCUGCGGACACAUGUGCCUCUGCAACACCUGUGGUCUUAAGCUGAAGAAGCAGCUCAACGCCUGCUGCCCCAUUUGCCGACGGGUGAUCAAAGAUGUGAUUAAAAUUUACCGUCCGUAGGGGCUGCGGGAAGGGGGAACGCCGCUAGCAACCCACGCCUUUCCGUCCCUGCUUCUGGGUUCUCGUGCUGGUCAGUCGUUAUCCAGUGGCUCUGUUAUCUGUGUUUCCUUAUUUGACUGCUAGGGCACAAUUCAGGGAGCAAAGCUGAGGAUCGUGUGGGGCCCGGGACCCCAGCCAGCUGCAAAUGAGAAAUUUCCCCUGCAAAGGCUCUUUUUUCUCUCCUCUCAUUGCAGGGGAGGCUUGCUGUGCUGG